AUGGCCACUGAACUUUGCCCCGUCUAUGCUCCCUUCUUCGGUGCGCUGGGUUGCACCUCAGCCAUCGUCUUCACCUGCUUCGGAGCUGCCUAUGGAACUGCCAAGGCCGGUGUCGGUGUCUGCGGCAUGGCCGUCCUCAGACCCGAUCUGAUCGUUAAGAACAUCGUCCCCAUCGUCAUGGCGGGUAUCAUCGGUAUCUACGGUCUGGUCGUGUCCGUUCUUAUCGCCAACGACCUGAACCAAAAGGUGCCCCUGUACACCGGAUUCAUUCAGCUGGGAGCUGGUCUCGCUGUCGGUCUGGCCGGUCUGGCUGCUGGUUUUGCCAUCGGUAUUGUGGGUGACGCUGGUGUCCGUGGAACUGCUCAACAGCCCCGUCUCUACGUUGGAAUGAUUUUGAUUCUUAUUUUCGCCGAAGUUUUGGGUCUGUACGGUCUCAUCGUCGCCCUUCUCAUGAACUCCCGCUCGAGAAUCGAUGCCGUCUGCUAA